UGAAUUUUACACCUAUUCGUAUAGUCGUUGGUCGGAAAAGAUUACAUUCUGACCGCUCCCUAGGCGUAGAAUAGUACGUCAGUCGCCAAGUAUUUUUCAUGCCUGUUUGUACUACUUGCUUUAGUAGGGGGCCGUAAUAGUAAAAGCUGUUGGAAAGUGCAAUCGUACGGGAAACUGAUGGUGUAAAAAACUAUCUCACGUUCCAUUUAAGAAGCGUUUGCCGUGUUGGUGCAUUUGUAAAGUUUGUAGCCAUUUUCGGUGAAUUGAAUCAACAUCAGUAUUAUAAAGAGCAGCUCAUAAUGACAUUACGUUGUAAUACAUUAAGAAGCCAUUAGGGUAUCAGCGGUCGAGUUUAGAAAUGAUAAGAAGACCACAGCAGACAUGGACGGCGUGAAGAAAAUACAUUCUGGAACACUGUAUCGCAACGGCCCCGUGGAGGGCGCGUACGGUCCGCAACACAGUCCGGUGUCGCGGUCUGACGCCUCCACUGAGGACGCUGAGCUGUCGGCGGCGCUCGCCCACCAGCAUCACCUAGCUAUGCAGGUCAGUUAUAUGGCUGGUGAAUACCCGGUAGUGGGGGCGGGCGUGGAGCCUGACUACGGACAGUACGUGUCGUCGCCGGCGGCGCACUACAAUCACAUGGGACACCUCACCAUGGCGCCAUCGCAGAAAUAUCCUCAUGUAAUGGACUCAGUAUCGGUGAGCGGGGGAGGCAGCUACGCGGGCGCUGGUGGCGCCGGCCACUACGGCACGUACGGCCACUACGGCACGGCGGCAUACCAGCCUCAGACGGCAUACAUGGUGGACACGGCUCAAGUGCCGCAGUAUAUGGGACAGGAAUACGUGGAAGGUGGGGGCAGCGCUUCGCCCCGGAGUGCGUCCCCGGGUGCUCUGCCACAACACAAUUUACAUUUACAACAAAGGUACGACUCAGCGUCCCUCGAGCAGCUGGGUCGACACUACUGCGUGACGUCACCGCGCGGGGAGUACGCGCCCGACGCGUACGGCUACCAGCACUACCCCACCGCGUACGAGCCGCCGCAUCAACCGCCGCCUUUUAAGGACUCACAGAAUGGCUUAAGCCUAGGCAGCGCCGGUGGCCAGUCGAUGUACGGCGACGAGGAGGAACUACAGAAACAGAUGGCCAACAUGGCUCUAGGUGAGAUAGUGCACGGCAGCGUCGGCGGCCGCGAAGAGACCGGAGGCCUACAAUGGAGGGACCCCAACCUACCCGAAGUCAUAGGGUUCCUCAACUCGCCGUCAGACGUCGUGAAGGCGAACGCGGCGGCUUAUCUACAGCACCUCACCUACAUGGACGAUCCUAAUAAACAGAAGACUAGGAGUUUAGGCGGCAUCCCCCCGCUUGUCCGGCUGGUAUCACAUGAGAACCCAGAAGUAUGCCGCAACGCUUGUGGCGCACUACGCAACUUAUCCUACGGACGACAAAACGACGAGAACAAACGCGCCAUACGCGACGCCGCCGGCAUCCCCGCGCUCAUGGCGCUGCUGUGCCGCGCCACUGAUAUGGAGGUGAAAGAGCUAGUAACAGGCGUGAUCUGGAACAUGUCUUCGUGCGAGGAUCUGAAGCAGUCCAUCAUUGAUGAUGCGGCGCAAGUGAUCGUGAACAAAGUCAUUAUACCGCACUCUGGAUGGCAUCCAACCAACCCUGGCGAUACCUACUGGUCUACUGUAUUCCGCAACGCAUCCGGCGUCCUACGCAACGCGUCCUCAGCGGGCGAGUACGCGCGGCGCCGCCUGCGCUGCCUGGCCGGCCUCACCGAGGCGCUGCUGCACGCCGUCCGCGCCGCGCUGCAGGCCAACGCCAUCGGCACCAAGAUCGUCGAGAACUGCGUCUGCGUGCUGCGGAACCUCUCCUACAGAUGUCAAGAAAUCGAAGACCCGCUAUACGACACACGAGCGCCUCCCACACAGUCAUCCGGACAGGCUAGGAUACAAGCCAGCGCUUCUAAAGGCGAAAACCUGGGUUGCUUCGGCGGCAGUAAAAAGAAGAAGGAAGGUUCAUCAUCAUCGAACUCAACGAGCCCGCUCGGCAAGAGCGAGCCCGACACGCAGCCGCUCGGCGACACCAACAGCACACAGCUCGGCUACUCCGUGCCUAAAGGCACUGAGAUGCUCUGGUCUCCUGAGGUGGUACCCCUAUACAUGGCUUUACUGCAGACCUGUUCCAACCCCGAAACCCUGGAAGCGGCAGCAGGUGCCCUGCAGAACCUCGCCGCUUGCUACUGGCAACCCUCCAUCGAUAUACGUGCCGCCGUCAGGAAAGAGAAAGGUUUACCCAUUCUGGUGGAACUUCUUCGAAUGGAGGUGGAUCGCGUGGUGUGUGCCGUGGCUACUGCCUUGAGGAAUCUGGCUAUAGACCAGAGGAAUAAGGAGCUCAUUGGAAAGUAUGCCAUGAGGGAUUUGGUGCAGAAGCUGCCCAGUGGAAACCAUCAGCAUGACCAGGUUGGUGCUAAGGGCACAUCAGACGACACAAUAGCAGCAGUACUAGCUACCUUGAACGAGGUGAUCAAGAAGAGCGGCGAGUUCUCCCGCUCGCUGCUGGAGGCGGGCGGCGUGGAACGUCUGCUCAACCUCACCAAGCAGCGCCAUCGACACACGCCCAGGGUGCUCAAGUUCGCAGGCCAAGUGCUGAUGACGAUGUGGUCCCACGCGGAGCUGCGCGAGGUGUACCGCAAGCACGGCUGGCGCGAGGCCGACUUCCUGACUCCUGCCCGCGCUGCACAGCCCCGACAGCCUUCUACUGCUAGCGGUCAGGGCACGCCGAGCGCCGGCGCCGGGGCUCCGCACUCGCCCAGCAACGCCAACAGCACGCUCAGCCGCCCCAUGGCCAGCACCGGCGGCACGCGCUACGAGGACCGCACCAUUCGCAGGCAUCGGGAGAACGAUGAUAUACCAGCGAUGGAGGUGAACAACUACCACGACGGUCUCGGCAUGGGCAACCCGAACGGGAGGCCGAUGAACCUCCAAGGUGUGCAAGCGCAGAUGCCCAUGCCUCCUAGCAGUCGUUAGCGAGACGGCGUGACGUCACGGUGAAUAUUGACGUAGUACUGGUGGGUGGUAUGCUGUUCUUUUUUAUCGUAACUUUGUAAUAAAAAAAAAGGAUUGAGAACCUUUUUUGGAAGAUGGUUAAAAUUAUUUGGUUUCAUAGAACAUAUUGUUAUCCCCCGUAGUGGUUACUUAAGUCAUUCCUUAGUGAUGGAUUUCUUUGACAAUCCGUCACUAAGUAGAGACCUAAGUAAUCAUUAAAUAUCUCUGAGUGCGGGGGUAUUAAGAUACAACAUAUUUGAGGAAUACAUGAAAAAGAGUGGCAUUAAGUAAAAAUAUGAAUGGGGGUAAAGUAGUCGGUCCUAUAUUGUUUCUUGUGCAUUUAUAUUUAAAAUCUUGGAUUGUCUUUGUUGAUAUUGUGAUCAGAAACUUACAAAAUGGUAUUUAAAAGUUAUCUCAUUAAAAUAUUUUAGAAGGCCAAAACGUAUGAUAGAAAAGGACAGCAGUACAAAAUCAGUAUUACAUUAAAUCGCCAAGAGAAAAUAAAAUUGAUAGAAAAGUUUCAAUCAAUGAAAUCAAGGAUCAAGAUUGUCUGUGCUGCGUUCACACUUGAAAAUGACGAAAGGAUAUUAUGAGAAUACCUUGAAGAUAUGUACUUGUGUACUAAAAACGAGUGUGAACACAGCAUAAUGUCUUAUACAUAAUGAUUUUGUAUAUCUUAUCUGUCUACUGUGCUUAGGUAGAUUGACGCCGUGAGAAUUUUCACAUGGCAAUAUUAUUUAAUAUUUUUUUACGCUGGCAAGUUUUGGUUGUGUAACGUUUUUGUAUUUAAGGAAUAAGAACAGUAUUAUCGUUGUUGUGACAAGAAAGUUGUUUUUUAUAAUAUCUCAUUUUUUUUCGGUGAAAUUCUCACGGUGUCAAUAGAGUACUGAAUUUUUGUAUUUAUUAUGGUAUGAGAGGUAACAUGCACAAGCAUUUAUGUUAAAUAAUCAUUUAAAUGUAGUGGUCGCUCGUUUGAUGUGGUAUACGCUGUUUCGACGUUCAUUUUGUACAGUCAUCGACAAAAUUAAGUCUAUCACUAAUUCGAUUUUGUUUUCAGAGUAAGUGGCAUAUAGAUCCAUCUUCUACUAUAAAUUGUCUUUUUACACUUUACUGCCCAGAAAUCGACUGCCAAGUACAUGUAAGAAGAAAACUGUAAUACCAAAUUGAUUAUUGUGAAGCAUAUUACAGUUGCCUUUUUUCGAUUUUUCCUCCUCUAAACUUGUUGUGAUUGACUGUACAUUAAACAUUAAUUAGCCUUGAGGCCUAAAGUUUAAUCAUCGCAUUCGGAUGUACGUUUUAUACAAUUAUAUUAUUGCCAUUAUGAUUUGUAAAGAUAUCAUGUCAAUUCCCUAUGUAAAUAGUCGUGCCAUUUCUGUAUUUAUAAUAAUAUAAAUCUUAAAAGGGUUUUCCUGUAGGUGUGUUGUGUAUUUUCUAUUUAAAAGUUGAGGCUCACCGUCAUUGGAACCGAUUUGUUUUGUUGAACAAUAUUUCUAGUGUUUUUCUAGAAUAUUCCGGAAUUUAAACGGCCGAGUUACACUCUCCUAUUAGAAAAAUAAAACUAGAAAAUGUAGUUUUACCGACAGAGAAAAAUCACUCGAUUAUUUUUCUCGGUCUUUAAAUCGAUUGUGGCAGCUUACAACCGAGUAUUCGAAACAUAAAAUUGAACAACAAAACAAAUCUAACAUGAUCUAUACUAAUAUAACCAUUUAUACUAAAGACGUCACCAACGUUUUACAUUGAUAACAUUUCAAAUAUUCGGGAUUUGAACAUAAUUGUUAUUAUUUAUGAUGAUUAGUUUAGAUACGCUCGGAAUCGGUAAUUUUUCUAAUUAAAGGUUUCGCAGUAAGGUCUUAUAGUAUUUAAUGGUAAUUAUAGAAGUUUUGUAAUAUUUUGUAUCCAUUCCAAACCUACGGUAAUGUAAUAUAGACGUCUAUUGUCCUCUAUGGUAAGUAAUAUCCGUCUUAUAUAUAGCGUUAAGAUGCGUAUUCUUGGGGCGUUCGCGUUUUAUUUGUAUAUGUUUUUUUUUAAUAAUUGGGGAAUGGGCUAAAAGUGACAUCUUUGUUAUUGGCAUGUAAUCGAAAAUACUGACAUUUGAGUAAUUCAUGCGAAAACUAGUGUUGUAAUAAGAUUUAUCGAUGAUUUUUGUCUGGAGUUGAAAAUGUUUAUAUAUCAGUCAAGACCGAUACUAAUACAUAUGUAUAUGACAGCACGGUCUUAAUCGAUAUCGAUAAAUCACUUCUUUUCAGCGGUAUUUCACUUAUGUCGCAACAUAGGCUCGAAGUGUCUUCAUAGAUGUCACUCUCAGUUCACAAGUAUACAACAGUUUUACUGAUUACAAAGUUACAAUCAUUUGUAGAUAAUAAUUACGUUGCAUUCCUUUUAAGCAUGACAGUUAUAUAAAGGGGACCGCUAUUAAAUGCCCUCGUAAUUUGCAACCCAAUACCAAGAAAAUAUUUAUGUAAUUAUAGACUUUAUUCCUAUAGUACUUAUGGCAGUUAUCGCGUGACAGCUCACGGUCUAAGCGAAUAUACCCAUGACCACGAAAAUUGUGAACGACGACAGCUUUAAAACAUUAAUAUUUCGGUUCGUUUCCCUCCGUUUUUGAUUUUAAUUGUUAGUGUAACUAUUUAUUUUACAUUACCUUAUAAGAUUAUAUAUUUUGUAGGUAUAAUAAAUAAGGGUUUUGUGAGAAAGCUAAAUGUUUUUUUGGGAAUAUAUUUUAUGCACAAUAAUGCAUUUUGAUACGUCCGCGGCAGGAUAAUGUUGACUGACUAACCUGGUACAAAACUAACCUCACCCAGUGCAUUAGAAUGUUUUAAGUACCCACGUUACGUAUGUAAGUUUUUGUAUGAUAUUUUUUAUUAUAAAAUGUAAGCAAAUGUACAAGAAUGUUUUCAUUACAAUAUGCUUGCCACGGCGUCGUCGCUUCUAUGAAGCGAACAUUUUUAAUAUAAUUUCCGCAUAAAAAGCUUACUUUGAUUGUGUUCGAGUUUGACUAGAUGUAAGUAUAUUAUUUACGCAACAUUUUAUAAUUUUAUUUAUCGUGUCUUUAGACGGCAAAUUAGUAAAUUGUAGGCAUUAUUAGAUAUAUUGUUUAUAUUAUAUAUCUAUUAAUAUUAAUGUCUAUAUUAAAUUUUACAGGAAUCAUCCUUAAUUAGGCAUUGUAUAGUUGUAUGAAUUUUACUGUAUGAGCUGUCUUGUAUCGUUUAUGUACUUCCACUUCACAGAAAAAGAUCUCUAGAUGUUUCCAAAUUUUAUUUUUAAGACGUAUAGUUUCACCAUUAUGUCGGUCGUCUUAGCGCUUGUGCUGAGCCCGUGACGUCAGCAACGCAUCAGUAAAGUCUUGAACAGUGACGCCACAUAAACACAGAUUAUAAAUUGACAACUGAUGAGUUGAUGACGCCACGUGUCAGCAAACGGCGAGUCUUAGUGUUAAACCACAAGUAAAGUAUAUUAACGUCUAUGGUCAACCAUAGGUUAUAGUUGUUGGAACAGUAAUACUCGAUUAUUUAUAUUUUAUUUAAAAUUUUAUAUUGAGAAAAAAUAAUUAAUAUUUAACGAGAUCGUCUGCGUUUGUCGUUGCGACAGUUUAGUAGUUAAAUAUAAUGAUAGUUUGUCUUAUGUCCGUUGUAUGUAGUUUAAUAGAGCAUUAUUCUCUUACAUAAAGAUACCUUAUCAUUAAACAAAUUAUAUUAUCAAAGAGAAUUAAAUGAAUGAUUUUUUUA